AUGACCAAAAACAACUAUUCCCAGAGGAGCCCUGAGUCAUCAAACCAAAAUAAUCAUCACUCUCAUGGGUUCAAACCAUUCGGGCUACAGCCAAGACAGGGUGUUCCUAUGGAUAUUGGCGUGGUCCAAGGCAGACAGAUGCGCAGAUUCAAGGGUAACUGUUACAACUAUAGCCAAGAGGGGCACAUGUCCCAAGACUAUAGAAAUGGGGUGCGGGCCGCCCAACAAAAAAAUAACCAAGGGUGCCAGGCACGCCAAUUAGAAACUGAGAAGCCAGACAAUUGGCUUAAUACUCUGGUUGGUUGUUCAUACAACAAAAUCUGGGCUUUUUUCUAUGAUCAACAGAUUGCUGAAAUGAAGGCUCAGGGAAAAGAGUUCAGAGCUUAG